GCAUCCUUUUUCCGCAGUCUUCGCAGUGCCUCCUCACUCUUCCCUCUUCAGCGGUCUUCACUUCAGUUCUUGAAUUCUUUGCCCUUUACUUUAUCUAACUCAGAUCCAGUUUUGGUUGCUUAUUGCUCGUGAAGCACUUGUCAGGGAUUCAAGGCAGUUGCAGGAGAAUGUAAUGAUUUUUUGAAAUAUGUUUUAUGUGCUGAUGAUGCAAUUUAGUCCAGUUAAACUGAUAUAGAGAAUCUUAAGAUGGAAGAAAUACAGUCUCAAUCAGAUCAUUAUAGGUCUUCAUCAUCUUCAGCUAGUAGUCCAGCUAGUAGAGUUCCCUCGAGCAAUUUCUUCUACCUGCGAAAACCUGGUUCUCUUAGACAACCAAUAUCUUUUGAGGAUUCACCAGAUUGGGAUGAUACUGAUAUUGAGGUUCGGGUGGAUGAAGGAGGUGAUUCCAUUAAUGCUGCGACUACUCCAGCCUCCCCAUCCCUCUCAAAGCUUAAUAGUGGAUCUUUGCCAUCCCCACCACUACCAGAGCGUGCAGUAGUUGCUAGAAAGAUCUCAGGGGCUUCACUUGCAUGGAAGGACUUGACUGUUACCAUAAAGGGAAAGAGGAAGUAUUCUGAUAAGGUCAUAAAGAGCUCAAAUGGUUAUGCAUUACCAGGAACAAUGACCGUUAUCAUGGGUCCAGCAAAGUCAGGAAAAUCAACUCUCUUGAGAGCCCUUGCAGGACGACUUCCUGAUUCAGCUAGAAUGUAUGGUGAGGUGUUUGUGAAUGGGUCAAAAUGGCACUUGCCAUAUGCAUCCUAUGGAUAUGUUGAGAGAGAAACCACCUUAAUUGGAUCCUUGACAGUGCGUGAGUUCCUCUACUACUCAGCAUUGCUCCAGCUUCCUGGUUUUUUUUGUCAGAAAAAGAGUGUGGUGGAGGAUGCCAUCCUUGCUAUGUCAUUGGGAGAUUAUGCAAACAAACUGAUAGGUGGUCACUGCUAUAUGAAGGGUCUUCCUCGUGGCGAGAGAAGGCGUGUUAGCAUUGCAAGGGAGCUUGUAAUGAGACCUCAUGUCUUAUUUAUUGAUGAGCCUCUUUAUCAUCUUGACAGUGUCUCUGCACUCCUGAUGAUGGUUACACUGAAGAAACUAGCUAGCACUGGAUGCACCCUGAUAUUUACCAUUUAUCAAAGCAGCACAGAAGUGUUUGGCCUUUUUGACAGAAUUUGUCUCCUUUCAAAUGGAAACACAUUGUUCUUUGGGGAAACUUUGGCUUGUCUGCAGCAUUUUUCAAAUGCUGGAUUUCCUUGCCCAAUUAUGCAAAGUCCUUCUGAUCAUUUUCUUCGAGCAAUAAAUACUGACUUUGACAGAAUCAUUGCAAUGUGCAAAAAUUGGCAGGACGACCAUGGAGAUCUUUCGUCUGUGAAUAUGGACACUGCUGUUGCAAUACGUACUCUUGAAACAACUUAUAAAUCAUCCGCUGAUGCUGCUGCUGCGGAGACUAUGAUAGUAAAGCUUACUGAGAAGGAAGGCCCAUCUCUCAAAAGCAAGGGAAAGGCAAGCAAUCCCACACGAAUUGCAGUAUUGACAUGGAGAUCAUUGUUAAUUAUGUCAAGAGAGUGGAAAUACUAUUGGUUCCGACUGAUACUUUAUAUGCUUCUUACACUCUGUAUUGGUACUGUGUUUUCUGGAUUGGGUCAUUCCUUGUCGUCUGUUGUGACAAGAGUUGCAGCGAUAUUUGUGUUUGUGUCGUUUAAUUCACUUCUAAGUGUUGCUGGAGUACCUGCACACCUGAAAGAAAUUAAGAUAUAUGCCUGUGAAGAAUCGAAUUUACAUUCUGGGACAUUUGUCUUCUUACUUGGGCAGCUCUUUUCCGGCAUCCCAUUCUUGUUCCUCAUCUCCAUUUCCUCAAGUCUCGUCUUCUACUUCCUUGUAGGCCUACGGGAUGAAUUCAGUUUCUUGAUGUAUUUUGUGCUAAACUUCUUCAUGUGCCUGUUAGUAAAUGAAGGAAUGGUACUGCUGAUUGUUUCCAUUUGCCAAGAGGUCUACUGGAGCAUCUUAACAUUGGUGUCAGUACAUGUGAUAAUGAUGCUCUCAGCGGGCUAUUUCAGAAUUCGCAGUGCUUUGCCCAGGCCAAUAUGGAUGUAUCCCAUAUCCUAUGUGUCGUUCCAUACUUAUUCUAUCCAGGGGCUCUUGGAGAAUGAGUAUAUUGGAAGUUCCUAUGCAGUUGGGCAGGUGCGGACUAUCUCUGGUUACCAAGCACUUCGAAACGUAUAUGACAUAUCUACCAGCAGUAGCUCAAAGUGGGAAAAUUUACUCGUUCUGUUUCUGAUGUGUGCUGGAUAUCGUAUUCUUGUAUUCGCGUUGCUACAAUUUUGUGUUAGAAAGAAGUUCCCUGGUCGUAGAUUUUUCCGGUGUAAUCGAGAAACGAACAAUCCGAGAUAAAUCGUAUGCCCUAUCUGGGCAUACUUCCGUCUUUAGACAAUUUUGCAUGAGGUAAAAAUGAAGAUAUAUAGAAUUCAGAAUGCGAAGUAUCCAUCA